CUAAAUUGGGUAUAAGUUAAGUAUUUGUGACAUCGAAUUAUGAAGAGUGAUUAUUGAGUGAUCUUGUAAUAUAAUCGGAGUCGGGAUACAGAAAGUCAGGCAGGUGUCAAUCGCAAUGUUCUCGGGUCUUUCCGGCAAGUUCGGGACUGACAGACCAGCAGUGAUGGGCGGGCCUUCGAAGCACGUGAAAAAUUUAUAAAUGUCACAUAGCCUUUGAGAUCGUUGAGGUCGAUGAUGAAGAUCUCGCCCUCGCAGUUCACAAGCUGGUGAGCCUCAAAAACAACUUUGUAUUUAAUUUUUUGUGAGGAUUUGGUUUACCGCUACCUUUCCGAUCAAUACCUGCAAUUUUGCAUAGGUCUUUAAUUGACUUUAAUUACUUUAUUUCAAGGGACUAUCUCAAUGAUCGCAGUAGCCUAGUGCUCAAAAACAUGUUGACAAAUCACCCCAAUUUCUUACAAUGUACCUGGGUUUGAUCCUUUUUUUUCCCUUUAAGAUUUGAUAUGGGACAUGGAAAUUCUGCCAAUCUGGGUCAUUUUUAUACUAUAUGAGAACAAAUAAAAAUGGUUUAAAGUUCUUAUUCAUUCUCCACUUUUGAUGUGAAUAUACAUGCAAGUACUGACCUUGAAAACACCGAGGUCAAGGUUGUACAUUAUGAUUUUCAAAUAGCCCAUUUAUAUAGAAAUAUUUACUUUUAACAUUGUGUGAUAUAGGACCAAAGAAAACACUUGUUUGUGUACAAGUGAAGACAACGAACAGUGACCAAUCUCAUAGGUAAUACAAAAUUAUUAGAACGGCAAAUACGGACCCUUGAGAUAUCAAAGGUAGGAUCAUAUACCUAGGAGGAGUAAGCAUCCCCUGUUGACCGUUAACACCCGCUGUAAGCCCUAUAUCUUGAUCAGGUAAACGGAGUAAUCCAUAGUCAACAUCAGUUUAUAAAGAACGGUAUGAAACACAUCAGAAAGCAAUUUCUAUAGCUUACUUUGAUUUGAAAAUUGAUCAUAAGUAGAACAUGCUUUCGUGUAUCGUUCUAAAUAAUGAAAUAACCAAAACACAAAACACUAUAUGUAGGUGAUAAUGUGCUUCUUAUUUGUUUUUCGGUAAUUACUUUUGCAUCCGCACUAGCGUUGUGGUGUACAUUUCAUGACUUUCAAGGUUUUUUCUAUGCAUGGCAAUGUCAAAAUACAUAUAUGAUUAAGAUUUAUAUUUUCUGCUACGCGGGAAAACGUACAAUAUGUAAUCACAGAAGGCAAAGAACAAACCAUUGCUCGUUGUGAAUAGGCGUCGACUAGCGUCAAGUAGAUAGAGAUAUGUAGGUCUCUGGGAAAAUAUUGUCCCAAUAUUUUUCCAGAGAGCUACAGAUCCACAGCUACACAUGUGACGCGGGUAAGCUCAAUCAUAUUCUAAACAAUUAUAGCAUUAGGCCGUUAUCCAUAAUUAUGUCAUCAUUGUUUUUGUUCUUACCCUGACAAUAGUUUGUGGGUGAAGUGCCCUAGAAGUUUGACCAUUGCAAGUCUUCAAGAAAGGUUUAAAUGAGUAGAAUUUCAAUUUAUUUACCGCCCGUUACAGCUUGUAUGCCUCACUUGAAUUUGCUGUGGAAGCCUGGAUUAACACUACUACCGGUAGAGUCUGAAUAGUGACCAAACAUGACAACCAUCACGGAGGUCCGCCGAUUUUAUCACUACGUUAUGGAGGACCUGAGUGACCCGCGGACGGAGGACUGGUUCAUGGUUCGAUCUCCAGUACCACUUCUUCUGACUAUCGGCGUGUAUCUGUAUUUGGUUAAGAUGGGACCAAUAUGGAUGAAGUCCUGGAAGACAUACGACCUAAAAACUGUCAUGAUCAUCUAUAACUUUUCUAUGGUUCUACUAAGCGCGUACAUGUUUUAUGAGACCCUGAUGACUGUGUGGUUUAAUCCUGACUUUGAUAAAGUGUGUCAGCCUGUGGACUACUCCAACAAUCCUCAAGCAAUAAGGUUGGCCAGAGUUAUUUGGUUGUAUUAUAUGUCAAAACUUAUAGAACUGCUUGAUACGGCUUUUUUCGUGUUGAGGAAGAAAAACAGCCAGAUCACCUUCCUACACGUGUACCACCACGCCUGCAUGCCUAUCUGGUACUGGCAGGGUGCAAAGUUCGUUUCCGGCGGUGAAUCCUACCUCGUCGUCAGCUUGAACAGUUUCAUUCACGUUCUUAUGUACACCUAUUACUUACUGGCAGCAUUUGGACCGUCCAUGCAGAAAUACCUGUGGUGGAAGAAACACAUGACGAAGCUUCAAUUGAUACAGUUUGUGUGGUUUGUGUUGCACGGUGCCCGUGUCUUCUAUAUCGGAUGCGGGUUUCCCAGGGCUUAUAUAUUGUGUCAGUGCCUUUUUGCACUUUCGCAGUUUAUUCUUUUCCUCAAUUUCUACGCAAAGACCUACAGGAAAACAGACAAUAUGGAGGUCAAAACCAACUCGAAUGGGGAUUGCUCUAAGAAACGAAGCUGACGCGAUGCUACAUUGUAUUUUUUAAAAGUAAAAUGAAUAUCACUAAUACUCGCAAAAACUGAGAUUAUUGGUAAGACGGACCAAAAUAUCGUCAACAUUGGAAAUAUUUUGAAAGCUGAUGAAUAAAGAACAACCACUAAUGUAAAUGAAGACAAUUUGAAGUUGUUGUUUUUUUCUCGCACUUUUGUGUGAUGUGAUCGACUGGUAUAAAUCUAGACAAUCAAUGUUAAUGACGCAUACCGAUAUAUGACAGGAGUGAAGUUUGUUUUACAUAUGUGGUACUAAUUUUGACCACGGAUUGCUCCGUCUACCUGAUCAAGAUAGAGGACUCACGACGGGUAUGACCGAUCGACAGGGGAUGCUUAGUCCUCCUAGGCAUCUGAUCCCACCUCUGGUGUGACCAGGGAUCUGUCAUUGCCCUUUCCAUAAUUCUGUAUUUUUUAUGGAAUUUUUUAUAUGGGUCACUGUUCGAUGUCUUCACUUUAUCAUUCAUGUUUAUAGAUUGAUUCUUGUCAUAAAUCAGAAGUUAUACAUUGCAUAUGCAUAUAUUUUCUUCAGUUAUCAAACGUUUGAGUCGUGUAGCUAUAUUACUAAUUCUUGUUUACAGAUGUAACAUGUAACGCUAAAAUGAGGCCUGGGGAAUUUAUCAACGAGACUAUUUCAGUGGAAUUAAGUAAAAUAUUGAUAUUUUCCCUCAUUUGAAAAAAAAUUUGAUAAUACUGACUUUUUUCUCCAGCAUAGCAAAAUCACAGCAAAGAUAGAUUUUCAAAAUUAUAGGCAUAAGUUUUGAUUGACAAAAGUAAACGAGAAUAGAAAAUUUGGUGGAUAUUUUGGACUUUCCGCACCUCCAGGGGCCAUGUGUUGAUGCUGUGCCCCAAUUUGUUACACACACACACAUCCAAAAAAAUGUGAAAAUUGUUGCUUUUUAAUUGAUCCGACGCCCCUUCUUUAUGUCAUUAUGCACCUUAUUACACCAGUGGUGUUACAUGAAACAGUCAAAUAGAAUUCUUACAGAUGAUACAAACGCAUGUUCAUAUCAAGUAGUGCUUUUUCACAACUGUAUACAUGUAGAACAAAUCUGUUUUAUUACGAAUUUGUUAUAAUAAAAUUACGAAUUCGCUAGAAACAUGUAGCGAAUUACACUUACA